AUGCCUGAAAAAAUUGAAGCAACAACUGAUGAACACAAUAAACAUUCUAAGUAUGUAGGAUCACUACCAGAUAUGCCAAUGGAAGCAUUACUUUCACUUGGUCCACCAAAUAAUUGUGGUAAUACACCAUCAGUUCGACUAUUUCUUGCUAAAUAUCAUGCCUUUCCAUGUUCAUUAUAUUGUACUGCUGAUGAUACAAGUGCAUUGUUACAUGCAACAACGAUUGUUAAUUAUAUUCGUGAUGAAUUAAAACAUGACUUAAAUACAGAUCGUAUAUCUCGAAAUUAUAAUCGAAGCACAAAACAAAUGUACGUCGAUGCACGUUUUUGUGAUUUAGGAAAUGGGAUCAUGAUUGAGAUCACUGAUGCAUAUUUCAGUUCUGACGUACAAAAUCCAAAUAAAUUAAAACCCGAUCACUCAGAUGAUUAUUUUUUACUUGCAUCACAAAUCACAUUUUACUACCUACCUGAAAAUGACACGUAUGUACAGGAAUUAGCAAGCACUUUUGCCAAAAUGACUGUAUUCUCAUCGAAAUCAUGUACACUACAAAUGGUUUGUCGUAAUCAACAUGGUUAUUAUCUCAAUAGUAUUAAUAUUAAAAAGCCAUUGAUUACUGAUCUAGCGCUUCAUUAUGGUAAAAAGUUUGUCUCAAUUCAUGACAAAAUUAGCAAAAAUUUAAAUAAAAAAGAAGGAAAAGGAAUUGUUCUUUUACAUGGUGUUCCAGGCUCCGGGAAAACACAUUACAUUCGAUAUUUAAUACAUGAAGUCGAAGAAAAAACCUUAAUCUACGUGCCACCAGAUAUGGCAAAAGAAAUCUCCUCGCCAGAAUUUUUACCGUUUCUCAUGCAAUAUCAAGAUUCAAUUCUUAUUAUUGAAGAUGCUGAAAAUAUCAUUAAAGAUCGAAAUGAAUGUUUAAUACCGUCGCAAGCUGUCGCUAAUCUUCUUAAUUUAUCUGAUGGCUUAUUAGGUGAUGCUAUGCAUCAACAAAUCAUUGCAACAUUUAAUUGUGAUUUAACAACAAUUGAUCCAGCUCUUUUACGAAAAGGACGUUUAAUUGCAAAUUAUGAAUUUAACAAAUUAGAUUUAGAAAGUUCAAAGAUUCUUUCAGAUAAAUUAGGAUUUGGUACUGAAAAGAUAACUGAGCCAAUGACACUUGCUGAAAUCUACAAUCAACGUGAGAUUGACGAAGAAUCAAACGUGAAUGGACUUGAAUCUACAACUAAUCAUGAAAAAAUAGAUGUUUAG